CCCCUUAGUUCCUGAGGCUGCAGGCAGAGGCACGAGGCGGAGGCCGCGGCGCCGGAGAGGAAGCGACGUCAUCAAAGAGCCUCUGGACGGGCGGAGGAGGGUCUGUGACGUCCGACGCUUGAAUUUUACUAAAUAUCAUGAGUGGGCCAGGACUCAGAGCGUUGGUGCUAGGAGGCUCAGGGGAGAUCGGCAGGCAGCUGGUGCAGGAACUCAUCAACAGCCCUGGCUUUUCCCAUGUCACUCUUAUUACAAGAAGGGAGUUAGAUGUUCAGAAUGAAAAAGUAGAACAAAAAUUAGUGGAUUUUGAAAAUCUUGACAACCACAUAGAUGCCUUUAAAGAUGUACAGGUUGCCUACAGCUGCUUAGGAACCACAAGAGGCAAGGCUGGUGCUAAGGGUUUUGUGCGAGUGGACAGAGACUAUGUCUUCAGUGCUGCAAAGCUGUUGAAGGACAGUGGAUGCUCACACUUCCAUCUGGUGUCCUCGACGGGAGCCAAUAAAAAUUCCCAUUUCCUUUAUCAAAAAACAAAAGGUGAAGUAGAGAACAUGGUUACAGAGCUUAAUUUUCCACGUCUCUCCAUCUACCGCCCAUCUAUUCUCCUUUGCGAUAGACAGGAAUCACGUCCCAUGGAGAAGAUUGCACAGAUUGUUGUCCGUGGCUUUGACUGGCGAAACAAGAUCAGCAUUGGCACAGACACAGUUGCCAGUGCAAUGGUGGCCAAUACUCUGGAGCAGCAGACGUCAGAAAAGGCAGAAGAGACUAAGGUUGAGAUCUUGGAAAAUUCAGAUAUCCUUAGACUUGGAAUUGACUAGGAUCACCUUUACAUGGCCUCAAUGUUUGCAUUUAGGGAUUUUAGUGAUUGUGUUAAACAUAAAGAGAUAAAUAUGUUAGGGAUUCGUGUUUCUAAAUUUUGUAUGUAGGAUGUUCCAGUCUGGAUGUCUAAUAUUUAGGAAUCACAGUAGAGAUAAUGGUUAUGUACAUGAAAGCUGUUAUUUAGCCACUUAAAGUUUAAACACAGAGUUUUACAAUUCAGUCACACAGAUAUGCAGAAAUAUGCCUGAAUUUCAUUAGAGACCACAUAAUUACAGUUUUGGUUUUAGGAAUUGUUACAUUAUUGUUGUUAUUUACUUUUCUCUUUUUAUGGCAGUGGUUGAAGUAUGCUUUAAUGUGUGUCAUUUUGUAUAUAAAUAAGCAUCAUAUUUAUUACUACAGAUAUGCAUUUAACCCACUGACACUGGAAUGACAUAUACAUGCCAUCUGUGAUUUCAGUUUAUUAAUUUCCUUUACACAGAUAGCUCCACAAGGGCUUAGUCACCAACGAGUAAUUUUCUAGGCCUACCUGAUCUCAGCUCUUUACCCUAUAAGAGGAUUUUUUACAUGAAAUUUGUAUUUAUUUAUGAUAAUGAUAAUAAUAGUAUAAGAAAAAUAAAACAGAUCCCAAUAAUUCAAGCAAUGUGUUUAACAGGUAAGGUCAAGUAGGCCUAGUAACUGACUUCUUGGUGACUAAGCGCUUCCGAAUUCAUCCUCGUGUAAACAGAAUAGACAAAACAGAACUACAGCGGACGGUGCACAUACCCAGCACCAGUGGGGAAAAAACAGAUUCUUUUACCAAAUUAGAUACAUUUUCUGUUUAUGGGUGUUGUGAUUUUUAUUACUUAAUAUUUAAUAUAGUUGAAGUUGGUAUUCACCUUAAAUUCAAUAAUUUCCUUUAUAAUUUUAAAUGAAUUUCAUAGUGAAAAGUUUACUGAUUAUUUCUAUUUAAUUUCUUGCAGUUAGGAAAUACAUUUAAUGGUCAUUCAUGGAAAGUAUAACUUAUAUCAGCCUUAAAUGAAAUACUGAGUAGUUGUCAUUAUUGCUUGAUAUGUGAUCUGUGGACCAACCCACUUACUCUAAUUUUAAGCUUAGUUUAGAUGAAUGAAAAGUUCUUUUGUAGGCAAGGGGAAGAAAUGAUAUUGCCUUACUUAUUAGUGAGAAGUAUCAUAGCAAUAGAGUGACAGUUGGUGCUCAGAUGGAGUUCAGGUUUUAAACCUUUUUGUAAAUUACCAACCGGUGAAUUUCAUGAUGUUGUAACAUGAUGGCCUUUUAUUAUGAAAAUUGCCUAUAUUUAAAGACUAAAUGCCUUAAUAUUCAGUAAUAUUAUUGAAAAGGAAGAGCAUGAAUCAUGACUAGAUGUUUUUAGACACAUGCUUUUACCACACUUUUGGAUGUGAUAUCUGUGAGGUUUUGUAUGUUGGUAUCACAUCAUUAUGCAUGUAACUUGUUUGAAACUUGAAGAAUUUGGUGACACUUUUACUUGAAAUAAGUAGGAAAUAGUCAGAAGGCUACUGCAGAAAAAUAUUUCAGAAAAUGGACUGCAGGUUUUGGAAAUAGUGUUACAGCAGGAUAAUGACUAAUAAUUAUGCAAGAUUGUUUUUUCAUGCAACAAUUUGCAAUUUUCUCUGUAUUUUCCCACUAGCAUUUGAAUGUUUGAAAAAUAAGUUUGUUGUGAUAUCUGUCUUAAGCAGAAUAGUCAUAUUUCUUGAGAUUUCUGUUUUAGGCAAAUUGGUUAGAUUGGAACGUGCCUGUAUCUACUCUCAAAGUAGCAGAGAUGCUCCUAAUUCCACAGAAGUUGUAUUGCAGGUUUCCAGAUCUCAUUUAAGUCCUAGGUGAACUUUCACAGAGAUUUAACCUAUUUAUAUUUUUAACCAGCAUUAUCUGGCUCCAUUUUAGAAGUUUGUCAGUUUUUACCUGCUUGGUGCUUAAGCGAGUUGUAUUACCUUCCCCCCCUCUCUCUCCCUCUCCCUCCCUUUCACCCACUAUCUCACACACUCCCUCUCCCUCUCUCUCCCUCCCUCUUGUAUGAAUUGGCUGUAUUUCAAGAAAAAAAUAAUGAUUUAAAAGGUUAUUAUCAUGAACAUACAGUUUCCCGUAACAUCAGGGACCUCAGUACAAGGAUUCCUAAAAACUGAUGUUAACAAUGGGCAAAGUCUGAAAAUCAGGCAGUCCCAUUGAUCCAAGUUUGUGUGUAUUAUAGAGUGCAACCAUGGUAAUUAACAGUGGCACAUUACACCCAUUAUUGUUUUGAAUUUCUGAGGCUGCAGUUGUCAACCUGUUUAACUAGAUUUAAACCAUUCUAAUUCUGUUAUUGUUAAAUUAUUGUUAUUCUUAUUACAGCACUGUAUUUCCGAGUGAGUGACAAAGCAACUGGCCUGGUUUGUGUUUGGGUUGUGUACAUGCCUCAUGCUGAGAGUUGGUUACAAAUUGCAUGUAGUAGGGAAGCCUUUCUUCACACCAGAUACAGAAAACAGAUAAUUUCUACAAUUUGUAAAUAUUAACAUUGUGUAUUUUCCUUUUUUCAUUUACAAUUCACUCUGUUAUGUUGAGACGAGACUGUACUGACCAUGUCUAUGCUUCAAGAUUUUCUAAAAUAUUUAGAGUAUAUAAAGUUUGGAUUUGUAUGUAAAACUCUUUAAUGUACUUUUUCCUGUUUCACAGUUCUCCCUUCCAUUUAUAUUUUUUUUCUUUUUUAAACAAGGCUUUGAGAUCAGACUCAGGGAAUUAAGAACUGUGAAAGUUACAGGUUGUAUUACUGUUAUCAAUGUGUUAUGUAAUGAUUAUUAUUGUGGAAAUUUUUGGUGCUAUAGUGAAUUGGUUGCUAAGUUAGUGUUUAUUGGCUUUAUUUAUUUAAACCUGAAAUAAGUCACACAACAUUUAUCUUGCAUAUAGAAGCAGCUGUAUUUUAUGUGUAUCCAUUUACAGACUUGAAUGAGAGUAAAUUCAAAAGAUGA